UGAGAUGGGUAAUGUGCGCUACAGGAGAGCACGCUUUCUUCUCAUCUCCACACACUUGCGCAAGAUUCAUCUGUGAAAUGCGGCUUACACGGAAACGGUGGACUAUCUGCACCAUAAGCAUCCUGCUGAUAUUCUACAAGACGACAGAUAUUGGCAGAAAUGAAGAGCAUCAGAAAACUGGAUUGACAUGGAAGUCUAAGCCAAGUUCUACCAGACUGAUGGUCAACGGCUCUGAGAAACGUUUCAGAUUUGUUUUAAGUGAUCUGAGUGACAUGGGCGUGGGAUGGAAGAUCAAUGCCACCCUUGUGACCAUCAUAAGGAAGGAGGUACUUCGCUUCUUGGACGCGGAGAGAGACGUGUCUGUUGUCAAGAGCAGUUUUAAACCAGGCGAUACAGUCCACUACGUUCUGGACCGACGCAGGACAUUCAAUAUUUCUCAGACUCUACACAGCUUACUCCCUGAAGUCUCUCCACUAAAGAACAAGACGUUCAAGACAUGUGCUGUGGUGGGAAACUCAGGCGUUCUCCUAAAGAGCAGAUGUGGGAAGGAGAUAGACAGCCAUGGAUUUGUUAUACGAUGUAACCUCGCUCCUCUAGAGGAGUUUGCAGAUGAUGUGGGUUUAAGGUCAGACUUCACCACUAUGAACCCCUCUGUGAUCCCGCGGGUGUACGGGGGUCUGCAGGACGAAAGACAGCGGGAGAGAUUCAUCCAGCGUCUACAGCAGCUAAACAACAGCGUGCUCUGGAUUCCUGCCUUCAUGGUGAAGGGUGGAGAGAGGCACGUGGAAAUUGUGAACGAGCUCAUUCUUAAACACAAACUCAGAUUGCGCACAGCAUAUCCUUCACUCCGCCUUAUCCAUGCUGUACGAGGGUUCUGGCUUACAAAUAAGAUAAAUAUCAAACGACCCUCUACUGGAUUGUUGAUGUACACAUUGGCUACACGCUUCUGUGAUGAAAUCCACCUGUAUGGAUUCUGGCCUUUCCCCAAAGACGGUAACGGAAAUCCCGUUAAAUAUCAUUACUAUGACGGACUGAAAUAUCGAUAUUUUUCCAAUGCGGGUCCCCACCGCAUGCCGCUGGAGUUCAAAACACUGAAGACACUGCACAGUAAGGGUGCGCUGAAACUGACAACCUCUGAAUGCACAUAUGCUUGACAUGUAGCUGAUGGACGGACACUCAAGAAAUCAAACUAAAGUGUGUUUUGAGCUUUGGAGGAUGAGUGUGCCUUCUACUGGAAACUGUGAGACUUCUGGUUCAUUUACUAUAGAGACAGUGCAAUGCUUUAGAUACUGAACAAUCUAGCAUUGUUUCCAAAGGACAACUGAAGCAGUCUUGCUCAGUGCUUUGAGACUGUAUAUUAGGAUCUUGGUAAGUGAUCUUGUCUGAAAAUGUCUUACACCAGAGUUGCCAAAGAUGCCAUUCCAUCAUUGUUUGAGAGGUUCUUUGUCUUUCCUGUACUCUUUAGUAUAUAGAAACAUCAUUAUUUUUGUUUCACACAGUUCAGAGAUUUCUAACUUGGUCACACAUGUCCAAACAGCUACAUAAGCAGGUCUUUUCAGUUCCCUUUUAAGGGUAAAAAAAACUAAAUGUGUGUAAAUGUUUAUGAAUUUGCUUUGAAUUGCAAUAUUGUUCAUUUGGUGAGUGUGUUUUCACCCACACUAUCCAUUUUCAACUGACACGUAAUUUUAAUAAAACUUGAUGAUUGAUAAUUAUUUUCUGUUUAUUAUCAGGAAACACAUUUCUGGUUUGGUAUCAAUGAACCUAAUAGUUGCACCUGAAAAAAAGAAAAACACUGGUAUAUAUCAAUCUCAGAUUUACACUUUGUGAAAAUGAUUGAAUGUGUAUGUUGUCUUUCUUUAUCAAAUGUACUACUGUAUGUCAGAACGUAUCAGCAUGCCUGAAACAGAUGACUUGAAUAUAAUAAUGCCUCACAUUAUUUAUGUGCCUUUAUAUAGGGUACUGGUCGAAGUGGCUUGGGUAUGGAUAACUAGUGCAAACAUUAUGAGCAGAUCGUUGAUGUAGAACUUCAAUGAUAAGCAAAAACUUUACAUGUAUAAUGUAUGUACUGUACUUUAGGACUCUCUGAACGAAGGAGUAUUCAUUUUCCUGCUUCAGUGUUUUAUUCCUUUAUUUAUAUUGUAAUGUAUUUUGUAUUUUAAAACAUCUUUUUUUAUUUUAUACUAUUUGUUAUUCUGUAUUUUUAAUUUUUUUGACAACUUUGAAGUUGAUUUCAGAUUUUAAUGCCAAAUUUCUAUGUGCAAAUACAUUUUAGACAAAAGCAUUAA